AUGCAUCUCUUUGCCAUGCUCCGUCUCAUCCUCCUUGGGACGACUCUACUCUUCUCUUUAAUAACCCUCGGUCUCGCUGCAAACUUGGUGGAUAAACUUGGAGACCAAUGGUCGUUCCCCGGUUUUGCUGUUGCGGUCUCGGUCUUGACAAUACUCGCUGUGGUUCCAAUGAUUGUCAUCGAUUUGCUUCGCAGGGGUGCCCUAAUGUCCUGGGUUGUCGUCGAGCUUCCCAUCAUGGGCAUUCUCUGGGUUCUUUGGCUAUCGUCGGCAGCCCUCUCGACCUCUGUCGGCCUCUUCCUCGGUGACUGCAGUUCAUUCUCGUUCGAUUCGGCACUCGAAUCCCUCUGUCGCCAAUACUCGGCUCUUCAGGCCUUUUCCUGGCUCAACUGGCUUCUCGUCAAAACCUAUGUGAUCGUUACCCUCGCUCUCGCCAUCCUUGCUUUGAUGAAGGGGCAUAAGAGGGUCUGGUUCAGCCCAGUCUCAGACUUGAGUUUCUCGCCUACGCACACCCACAGCGGCGAGCCCAAGAUUCCGCCGCCAGCGACAGCUCCUGGAGGGUACAAUCCAGAUCCCAGGAUGGCUCACAACCAUUCUGCGUCUCCUUCAAGUGGAUAUCCACCAAAUCAGCCUCCAACUUUGUACAGCCCUCCAUCGGGUCAGUAUCCACCUCAACAGCAGCCGUAUCAGUCACCAUACCCAAAUCAGGGCCCAGCGCAAUAUGGGUCACCCGUUCAGACGUACCAAUCCCCUCCACCACACGCCGCGCAAGUCUAG